GCGCGUUCUGGCGGCAGCGCGGGCGGCGGCCGGUCCAGGAGGACGUGGAAGCGGCGCCCAAGGAGACCCGCGCACUCUACCGCGAGUACCGCGCCCUGAAGGAGGCCCUGGGCCAGGCCGGCGACGUCGGGCCCCGCGUCCCCCUGCAGUCGCUGCCGGAGGCAGCAGAGGAGAUGCCGGAGCCUAGCUGCUGGGGGUCCCAUCUGAAUCGGGCUGCAACCCAGAGUCCCCACCCUCCUCCAGGGCCGAGCCCCAGUGGGUCUGUGCGGGACUAUGCGAAGAGGCUUAAGGCAAACCUACAGGGCGCCGUGCGGGCUGGGCCAGACCUGGGCCCAAUACCACGGCCUCCACGAAGACCCUCACCCAAGGUGCCUUACCUGGGGCCAUCAUCUGCAGGGACUGCCCCUGUGUCUCCUAAAGAAGUCAGUGAGAUACCCCCCCAGCUUCCCAGGCCCCAGCUGAGGCCAGGCCGACUCCAGCAGCUGCAGGAAUCCUUGAGCCUGCGGCUGGGCUCCCUAGAUCCUGGCUGGCUGCAGCGGUGUCACAAUGGGACCCUAGAUUUUCUGGGGACUUCUAAGGUCUGCCAGCCUGUCCUGGGUACAGAGGAGCCACAACCCCUGACUUUAGGUGUCCCAUCUGUCCUUGGCCCCAGCACAGGCCCUGAGGCACCUUUACAGGGCCCAGAGGCUCCAGCUCUAGUGGUGGCUGGAGUCAGUGCAGGGAGCCCCCUACUGGGCAGCAGUCAAGGCAAGAAGCAGAGACGGAGUGCAGAGCCAAAGGGGACCUCUGCACAGAUCCAGCAGCACAGUGACGAAGCAGGUGCCCCGCUGGAGGGAGCCAGGGCUGGAGUGCAUGCAAAAGAUUGUCCAGGGGAGCCCAUGCAGUCACAGCCCCUCACCAGCCCCCCAGCCCCCAGGCCAGCUGUUUGGGACAGGGGUAAUUAUGUUCGGCUCAACCUGAAGCAGAAACGCUGUGUUCGGGGCCCAGCCCUGCGUGGCAGACUCCUCCGAAAGCAGGCAUGGAAACAGAAGUGGAGAAAGAAAGUGGAAUAUUUGAGGGGUAGGCAACCCAGAGCCACAGUCAAGGAUUCUUGCUUCCAAUGUGGGCAACUUGGCCACUGGGCAUCGCAGUGCCCCAGACCAGGCCCAAAACCUACCCUGGCCCCCAAGAAGGAGGGUGACAAAGAUGAAGAUGACAUGCAAAUGCUGCUCACAUUGGAGGAAGUGGCUCAGAGGACGGAUACUGCCUACCGCCAGCUCCCUGCAAGUACGGAAGAUACAGAGCCUGCUGGGUCUGAGUUGCUGGCUCCCAUGGAGGGGCCUGUGCCUGGCGCACCCUGCCCGCCCCCAACUGUGCCACCACUCUACUGCCGGGGGCCCUUGGGGCAGGUGGCAGAGACGCCAGCUGAGGUGUUUCAGGCCUUGGAGCAGUUGGGGCACCGAGCCUUCCGCCCUGGGCAGGAGCACGUGGUCAUGCGAAUCCUGUCUGGCAUGUCCACACUGCUGGUGCUGCCUACCGGUGCUGGCAAAUCCCUGUGUUACCAACUCCCUGCACUGCUCUAUGCCCGGCGAAGCCCAUGUCUCACUCUGGUCAUCUCUCCUCUGCUGUCCCUCAUGGACGACCAGCUGUCUGGCCUGCCCUCAGGCCUGAAGGCUGCCUGCUUGCACUCAGGCAUGACCAGGAAGCAGCGAGAUUCUGCCCUGCAGAAGGCUCGGGCAGCCCAGGUACAUGUGCUGAUGCUGUCACCUGAGGCACUGGUUGGAGCUGGGGCCGGGGGCCCUGCCUGCCUCGCUCAGCUGCCCCCGGUGGCCUUUGUCUGUGUUGACGAAGCCCACUGCCUCUCUCAGUGGUCCCACAACUUCCGGCCCUGCUACCUACGCAUCUGCAAGGUGCUGCGGGAACGCCUCGGUGUACACUGCUUUCUGGGUCUCACGGCCACAGCCACACACAGCACCGCUCUUGAUGUGGCCCAGCACCUAGGCAUCGCCAAGGAGGCUGUACUCAGGGGACCAGUCACCAUCCCUACCAACCUGCACCUCUCCGUGUCUAUGGACAGGGACCCAGACCAAGCUCUGGUGACACUGCUGCAGAGUGACCGUUUCCGCUCCCUGGACUCAGUCAUCGUCUACUGCAACAGACGGAAGGACACUGAGCGUGUCUCCGCUCUGCUCCGUACCUGCCUGCCUCAGGCCAGGGCUCUGGGGCCUGGAGGCCAAGCCCUGGAGGCCGUGGCUGAAGCCUAUCAUGCCGGCAUGUGCAGCCGGGAGCGGCGGCGGGUACAGCAGGCCUUUAUGGAGGGCCGGCUGCGGGUGGUGGUAGCCACAGUGGCCUUUGGGAUGGGACUGGACCGGCCAGAUGUGCGGGCUGUGCUGCACCUGGGGCUGCCCCCGAGCUUCGAGAGCUACGUGCAGGCUGUGGGCCGGGCCGGGCGCGAUGGGCAGCCUGCACACUGCCACCUCUUUCUGCAGCCGCAGGGCGAGGACCUUUGGGAGCUGCGUAGACACGUGCAUGCCAAUGCCACCGACUUCCUUGCUGUGAAAAAGCUGGUACAGCGUGCAUUCCCGCCCUGCACCUGCUCCCGGCCGCUGUCGGAACAGGAGGGAGGCGAGAGACAGGAGAGGUGCUCGUCCACGCAACCCAGCUGUGAGCAAACAGCCCGGUGCCCAGGCCACAAGCGGGCACUCCCAGUGCAGCUAACAGUGCAGGCUUUGGACAUGCCUGAGGAGGUCAUUGAGACCCUGCUAUGCUACUUGGAGCUGCACCCACAGCGCUGGUUAGAGUUGCUGGCACCCACCUAUACCCACUGCCGCCUGCGAUGCCCUGGGGGACUCACCCAGCUCCAGGCCCUGGCCCACAGGUGUUCCCCCCUGGCUGUAUGCUUGGCCCAGCAGCUGCCUGAGAACACAGGUCGGGGAAGCAGCUCUGUGGAGUUUGACAUGGUCGAGCUGGUGGACUCCAUGGGCUGGGAACUGGCCCCCGUGCAGAAUGCCCUCCACCAACUGCAGUGGGACCCAGAGCCCAGGACAGGUGUGCGUCAGGGCACAGGGGUGCUGGUGGAGUUCAGCGAGCUGGCCUUCUACCUGCACAGCCCCGGGGACCUGUCGGCCCAGGAGAAAGACCAGAUCUGUGACUUCCUAUAUGGCCAAGUGCAGGCCAGAGAGCAGGAGGCCCUGGCCUGCCUGCACCUUGUGUUCCAGGCCUUUCACAGCGUAGCCUUCCCCAGCUGUGGGCCAUGCCUGGAGCAGCCGGACGAGGACUGCAGCGCCCGACUAAAGGCCCUGCUCAGCCACUACUUUGAGAAAGAGGGCCCAGGGGGCAAGGAAGAAGCACAAGGUCCAGAGCCAGGGCAGGCUGAGCUCCAGGACUGGGAGGACCAGAUCCGCAGGGACAUCCGCCACUUCCUAUCCUCGUGGCCAGAGCAGCAGUUCUCCGGCAGGGCUGUGGCCCGCAUAUUCCACGGCAUUGGAAGCCCCUGCUUUCCAGCCCAGGUGUAUGGGAGGGACCGGCGCUUCUGGAGGAAGUACCUGCACCUGAGCUUCCACGCCCUGAUAAACUUGGCCACAGAGGAGAUCCUGCUGUGGGGCCGUUGACCACCUUGCCUCAAACAGGCCCUGUGCCCCAUGUCAGACACAAAUGUGAACAGGGGUGUAUCAUAGCAUGGAGAAUGGCAGGUGUAAGGCAAAGACAAGGGGAUAUCAGUGACCAGGACAGUGACUGACCACGUUGGGCAAAGCCCACUGCCAGGAAUGUGGGCACAAGGAGGCCCCCAAAAUACAGAAUAAAAGAUGCUUGCCCUGGC